UUAGUUAUAAAGUAACCAAAAGAAAAUUUCAGAACUCGACAGAAUGUGAUGGUAAUGGAUAGCCUUGUGUCACUCCCCACCUCACACUGUCACUCACCUCUUUUCACCUCAAAGCCCCACUCUUCCUCCGCCACCGCCACCACCACCACCACCACCACCACCACCACCUCCACCUCCGUUUCCUUCUCCCUUUCACCGCCACCUCAACCUCCCGAACCUAAUAUACGCCGCCCCAAGUCCAUCAAUUCCUCCCCCAAACACAAAAUCUCUUCCAAUCCCCUCAAAAACUUCUCCACUACUACUCCUACUCCUACUCCUACUCCUACUACUUCUACUACCAACAACAAUUUUUCUCAUGUCCCUUCUCCUGGUGAAACUACAAGAACCACUCAAUCUCUUGUCUCCAAACUUCGCCUCUCUAGCAAACUCUUCCCGCCUCCUCCACCUCCGCCUCUUCUUCAUGAUACCCGAAAGGCAACUCAAAUUUCUGAACCCGAAGCUCCGUCGCCAGAGCUUGAAAAGCCUGAAAAUUUCCGCCAACAUGGGAAGGUUUUCAUUGGGAAUCUUCCCAGUUGGAUUAAGAAACAUGAGGUGGCUGAAUUCUUCCGGCAGUUCGGUCCAAUAAAAGACGUUAUUGUGAUCAAAGCCCACAAUGAGAUACACAGAAAUGCGGGUUUUGGGUUUGUGAUAUACGGAGGUCCGCCUCCGGUAGCGGAGAAGUCGGCUGUGAAGGCGGUGGAGUUUGAUGGGGUUGAGUUUCAUGGGAGAGUCCUGACGGUGAAGUUGGAUGAUGGGACAAGGUUGAAGGGAAAAGCAGAGGAGAGGGCUAGAUGGGUUGAGGGGUAUCAAGGUCAAGACUUGAGUAAUAAGUCUAAGUGGCAUCAAGAGAGAGAAGGGUCCCGGAGGUUGUUUCGUAAGGUUUUGGAUUCCGAGCCGGAGAAUUGGCAGAAAGUAGUUAUUGCUUUUGAGAGGAUUGACAAGCCUUCUAGACGAGAGUUUGGAUUGAUGGUGAACUAUUAUGCAAGACGAGGGGACAUGCACCGUGCUCGCGAAACAUUUGAGAGGAUGCGAUCAAGGGGAAUAGAGCCAACCUCACAUGUCUAUACAAACCUUGUUCAUGCAUAUGCAGUUGGCAGAGACAUGGAAGAAGCCUUAUCUUGUGUUAGAAAAAUGAAGGAAGAGGGCAUUGAAAUAACCCUUGUGACAUACAGUAUACUUGUCAGAGGAUUUGCCAAAAUUGGCAAUUCUGAAGCUGCAGAUUAUUGGUUUGAGGAGGCGAAAGAGAGACAUACACCUCUGAAUGCAAUCAUUUAUGGAAAUAUUGUUUAUGCUCAUUGUCAAACAUGCAACAUGGAGCGAGCUGAAGCAUUGGUUAGAGAAAUGGAAGAAGAAGGUAUAGAUGCCCCUAUUGACAUUUACCAUACCAUGAUGGAUGGCUAUACAAUGAUUGGCAAUGAAGAAAAAUGCUUGAUUGUGUUUGAAAGACUUAAGGAAUGUGGAUUUACUCCCUCAAUCAUCAGCUAUGGAUGUCUUAUUAAUCUUUAUGCUAAGAUUGGAAAAGUCUCCAAAGCUUUAGAAGUUAGCAAAAUGAUGGAAUCUGCUGGUAUAAAGCAUAACAUGAAGACUUAUUCCAUGUUGAUCAAUGGAUAUUUGAAACUAAAAGAUUGGGCCAAUGCUUUUGCAAUUUUUGAGGAUCUGGUCAAAGAUGGUUUGAAGCCUGAUGUAGUACUAUAUAAUAAUAUCAUCCGGGCCUUUUGUGGGAUGGGUAACAUGGAUCGCGCAAUUCAUACUGUCAAGGAAAUGCAGAAGGAGAGGCAUCGACCUACUACACGGACAUUUAUGCCCAUUAUACAUGGUUUUGCAAGAGCUGGGGAAAUGAGAAGAGCGUUGGAAGUUUUUGAUAUGAUGAGGAGGAGUGGUUGCAUUCCAACUGUACACACUUUCAACGCUUUGAUUCUUGGCCUUACUGAGAAACGUCAGAUGGAAAAAGCUGUUGAAAUAUUGGAUGAGAUGACACUGGCUGGCAUAACUCCAAAUGAACACACAUACACAACCAUCAUGCACGGCUAUGCUUCAUUGGGUGAUACUGGAAAAGCCUUCGAGUAUUUUUCAAAAUUGAGAAAUGAGGGCCUUGAGCUAGACGUCUAUACAUAUGAAGCUCUUCUGAAAGCAUGCUGCAAGUCUGGGAGGAUGCAAAGUGCUCUAGCUGUCACAAAAGAGAUGGCUGCUCAAAAUAUUCCGAGAAACACCUUUGUCUACAACAUUCUAAUCGAUGGAUGGGCUAGGAGAGGUGAUGUUUGGGAGGCUGCUGACUUGAUACAGCAAAUGAAACAAGAAGGGGUUCAGCCUGAUAUCCAUACUUACACAUCUUUUAUAAAUGCGUGUUGCAAAGCUGGAGACAUGCUGAGAGCAACAAAAACAAUUCAAGAAAUGGAUGCUAUUGGAAUAAAGCCAAAUGUUAAAACCUAUACCACACUUAUUCAUGGAUGGGCGCGUGCUUCUCUUCCGGAGAAGGCCUUGAAAUGCUUUGAAGAGAUGAAACUGGCCGGUUUGAAACCAGAUAAAGCCGUAUAUCAUUGUUUGAUGACAUCACUUCUAUCGAGGGCUACUGUUGCAGAGGCAUAUAUUUACUCGGGAGUGUUGUCUGUCUGUCGAGAGAUGAUCGUGUCUGGUUUGACUGUCGAUAUGGGAACUGCAGUUCACUGGUCGAGGUGUUUACGUAAGAUUGAGAGGUCAGGUGGAGAGCUUACAGAAGCUCUGCAGAAGACUUUCCCUCCUGAUUGGAAUUCAUACCAUACAAUUGCUGCAAAAUCUGAUCCCGAAACAGAUGAUGAGCCUGAAAGUGAUGACGAAGAUAACGAUGUAUAUCUUGAUAAUGUGACCGAUGGUGACAAUGAUCUUGAUGAUGAAGAUUUGAACAGAUUAUGGUAAUAAAUCAUGUUUUGCUACUAUUAGUUUAUGUAUUGUCAGCCAGGUCAUAUGCCUAUCCACUAUUGUUCCUAUCUUGAAAUUUUUCUUAGCUCACAUUUUGCUUGAGUUGAGAGAAAUUUUUUUUGUCAUAAAUUUAGAAAUGAAAUCAUGAAUUAGAAAAUGAUAAUCGUUCCCUCCA